UUUUCAUGCAAAAUUUCUAUGACAGGAUCUCAAGGACCAACUCCUGAAUAUGACAAAUGAAAGAGAUACUUUGCUUGCUGGGGAGGAAGUGCAGUUGACAUAUAUGGUUGAAAUGGAAACCCUAAAGAAGAGUUAUGAUGACAUGUUAUUGAAGGCCAAAUUGGAUCUGAAGGAAUUGACUAAGCAUUUGUGUACUCUGGAAGUCAAGAUGCAAAAUGAGAGAUUGAACAACAGUAAGGAAAAUGCUAAACUUAGGAUGAGGCUCCGGGCAACACAGGCGAAAUUAGAUGCAUUUCGCGGUCGGCACAAGGAGGCAGUAGAUGAGAUGGGUUUUAUGAACAAGAGAUUUGAGGAAGCAUCUGCAAAGCUGAAAGAGCAGUUAGCUUCAUAUGGCCUCGAGGUUCUCCAGCUUAAGAAGCUGCUUGCUACUGGGAAGGGACAAUAGCAUCAUAUCAAGUGGAAAUCCUCUGCAUUCUACAUCAGAAUAGCUCUUCAGACCACAGAGACAGGAUGUAAUGCAAUAUUGGUGCAUUGUGAUUGAAAAUUUAGUGUUCUG